AUGUCGAAUACAAGUACCAAAGAUAUACGAAAAAGUAAGCCAAAAAGAGGAACCGGUUUCGAUUUACUUGAAGUGACCGAAUCACUUGGCUACCAGACACACAGGAAAAAUGGAAGAAAUUCAUGGUCAAAGGAUGACGACAAUAUGCUACGAUCACUAGUUAACGAAUCCGCAAAGGAAUUGGGCUAUGAGAAUGGACUUGAAGAUGUAAAGACAAUCCAACAGUCCAACCAUCUUUCUAAAUGCAUCGCCUGGGAUGUUUUAGCUACACGAUUCAAACAUACCGUAAGAACUUCCAAGGACGUAAGAAAGCGCUGGACAGGAUCUCUGGAUCCAAACUUGAAGAAAGGCAAAUGGACACAAGACGAGGAUGAGCAGCUCCUGAAAGCUUAUGAAGAACAUGGGCCUCACUGGCUGAGUAUCUCCAUGGAUAUUCCUGGAAGGACAGAGGAUCAAUGUGCAAAAAGGUACAUUGAAGUUUUAGGGCCUGGAAGUAAAGGAAGGCUGAGAGAAUGGACCCUCGGGGAAGAUUUAAAUCUAAUAAGUAAGGUGAAGGCAUACGGCACAAAAUGGAGAAAAAUCUCGUCGGAAAUGGAGUUCAGACCAAGUUUAACGUGCAGAAACAGAUGGAGGAAAAUUAUUACUAUGGUUGUGCGAGGACAAGCAUCGGAGGUAAUUACCAAAGCCAUAAAAGAAAACAAGAACAUAGAUAUGACAGACGGAAAACUCCGACAACAACCAACCGCCGAUUCUGAUAUACGGUCAGACUCCACACCAAAUAACGAAGAACAAUCGCAGCUAUCCCAGCGGAAUAACCCCUCAUUGAUAAAGCAAGAUAUAUUGAACGUUAAAGAGAACGAGUCGAGCAAAUUACCAAAAUUAAAGGAAAAUGAUGGAGCUAGUUUAAAUGAUAACAAGCCACAACCAUUACCUUCUUUAAAAGAAAUUUCCGCACCUCCACCAAUUAGGAUGACGCAAAUCGGCCAACCUCAUACGAGUAGUAGUAGGAGCAAAGUCUCUUUGCCUAUUGAUAAUCUUUCUCCAAUGAAUAAGCAAAGUCCUGGAGGAACAUCUGAUAGCCCACAGACAAGUCUCCCACCAGCAUUCAACCCAGCGUCUCUCGAUGAGCAUAUGAUGAGUGGCACUGGUAUUUCAGAAUCCCCGAAACAUGCUUAUUCUGCCAUGAAAACUAGAGAACCAAAUUCCUCCAGCACGCAAUGGAAAUUUACGUUAAAAGAUGGUCAAGGUUUGUCAAUCUCAAAUGGAACUAUUGACAGUACAAAAUUAGUAAAGGAGCUGGUUGAUCAAGCUAAGAAGUACUCUUUAAAAAUUUCGAUACAUCAGCAUAUUCACAAUCAUUAUGUAACAUCCACGGAUCAUCCUGUCAGCAACAAUGCUGGUUUGUCAAAUACUGGAAAUGUUAACGGAAAUCCUUUACUAAUGGAAAGUUUCCCACAUAUGGGUAGGCAAUUGGGGAAUGGUCUUCCAGGGUUAAGUUCAAACAGUGAUACUUUUAACCCAGAAUAUAGAACUUCUCUCGACAAUAUGGAUAGCGAUUUUUUAUCAAGAACGCCCAACUAUAACGCAUUCAGUUUGGAACCAACUUCACAUAACCCCGCUGAUAAUGAGAAUGAACUCGGCUCACAAAGUAAUAGAGAAACAAACAGCCCAUCUGUAUUUUAUCCUCAAGCGAAUACAUUGAUCCCAACUAACUCUACUGCCGCUAAUAACGAAAUUAUUCCAGGAAACGUUAGUGCGAAUAGUAUGUCACCGAACUUCAAUGGAACAAAUGGCAGGGCACCAAGUUCGACGGCUUCAUAUACAACGAGCGGUUCGGAAAUGCCACCCGAUGUGGGUCCUAAUAGAAUAGCACAUUUCAAUUAUUUACCACCAACUAUACGACCUCAUUUGGGCUCAUCAGAUGCGACAAGAGGUGCUGACUUGAAUAAGUUACUCAAUCCGUCUCCAAGUUCAGCAAGAAGUGGUAGCAGUAAUACUAAGAAAAAGGAGAAAAAAAAAAGCGAAUCUUCUGGACAUCAUUCAUCAUCAUCUCUGGCAGCCAGCAAAUUCAACCACAUCGAUCAAUCGGAAAUAUCAAGGACGACAUCCAGAUCCGAUACUCCAUUGAGAGAUGAAGACGGCUUGGAUUUCUGGGAAACCUUGAGGUCCUUAGCUACUACUAACCCAAAUCCUCCGGUUGAAAAGUCAGCCGAAAAUAGCGGUACCACGCCUCAGGUGGUACACCAGGGGAUUGCCUCGCAUACAGAAGAUAGCGGCCUAGGUUCUCAUAGUGGAGGAUACGACUUUUUUAACGAAUUGUUGGAUAAAAAGGCAGAUACACUGCAUAAGGAAGCUAAAAAGGCAAACGAGCAUGAUAUGACGUCAGGAGGUUCUACCGAAAACGGAUCGGUCCUGCCACUAAAUCCCAGUUGA